CAAAAAGUGAUGGAUGUGGAUAGUGUGAUUAAUAAUUUUAUGAAAAUGUAAUGAAAAUUAAUAUAUUUUAAUUUAAAAAACAAUAUCUCAAAGCAUUCCUUAUAAGUAUUAUCGUCUGACUGAUCAAAUUUUACAAAAUGAUGCAAUUCAUGUUGCUGUUCAGCCGCCAAGGCAAGCUGAGGUUGCAGAAGUGGUAUGUGGCGCACCCAGAUAAGCUGAAGAAGAAAAUAACACGAGAACUGAUUACGACAGUGCUGGCAAGAAAACCUAAGAUGUGCUCAUUUUUGGAGUGGAAAGACGUCAAAGUUGUAUACAAAAGAUACGCAUCUUUAUACUUCUGCUGUGCGAUGGAGCAGGAAGACAAUGAGCUGCUUACCCUGGAGCUGAUUCAUAGAUAUGUUGAGUUGCUGGACAAGUACUUUGGCAGCGUGUGUGAACUGGACAUUAUCUUUAACUUUGAGAAAGCAUACUUCAUCCUGGACGAGUUGGUGCUGGGCGGGGAAUUACAGGAGACCAGCAAGAAGAAUGUGCUGAAAGCCAUCGCGGCACAGGACUUGCUGCAAGAGGACGAGACGGUGGAUGCGGCGCUACGCGAGGUGGGGCUACUCUGAGGUUGGCGACGAGCCCCCGACAAGAGAAUACAGAUGACAGAUCCUCAUACAUCGGACUGAUGAAAACGAAAUCUUCUGUGAGACCUAAAAAAGUAGAACACGGAUUUUUAAAGCAUCGUCACAAUGAUCGAUUGUGAUUGGUCAGAUUUAGCACACUCUUCGUGAUUGCUUGAUAAACUAUAAUGUUGCUAAUUUAGUGAAAUUUGCAAGCUCAUUUUUUUGUAUACUCUUUUAGGUCACACUGGAUGUCUUUUUUGUCUGAAAAUACUAUUUCAUACACUUGCUGCUUAAAACCGUUUGAUUUGAAAGGCGAUUUGAUAGAUUGAUAAAUAAUGGCCAGAGUGAAGUAUGUCGUGUUUUUACCUACCAGGCUAAACCUCUUUCUAUGCUCUAAUUGUAGCAUUUCAAGUCAAGGAUUAAAAUGAGUGAUAAUAAAAUGUAUCGCUGAAUUUCUGUAAACUUAUUGCAAAAUAUCACUACAAUUUCAUGAAAAGCUCUCUUAUAUUUUAGUAAUGAUAUAUUAUUCUUGAGAAAUAAAACUGGGGUGUUUAGUAGGUAAGCACGCAAAAAUGUUAUAACGCCGCUAUCGAUUUGAUUAUUUGUUUAGAAAAUAGAAAAAAAAUAUUUUUUUUGUAUGCUUAGCGUUUAUAUUAGAUGCAAUGGAUAAAGGAGAGUCGUUGCUCAGCAGUGGAAUAAAAAAUAAUGAAAAGAGAUAACUAAAUAAAUGACUUAAAGUUGCUUAGUAUUUUAAGGGAGAGAUAAAAUAUAUCGAUAAGUUCAUAAUAUAAUAUCAAUCGCUUUUUCAUGUAUGCAAUAAUUUAACAUCUUAAGUGCUACUAAAACAAUUAACGUAGCUGUAUUGAAAAACCGACUUAAAUAAUUAGAUGGUGUCACAUAUUUUUAGCAUGUUUACUAUUGUAUACAUGUAUCAAUAUUUUGAAAAUAGAGAGAAUCAAACCUAUGACUAUAAAGAAAGAUACUUAAAAAAUAAGUCUAAUUAAACAAUUCAUUUCAAAAAAUCUGUGUUUUUAACCUGACAUGCAAGUAAAGCUAAACAUUAAAAAAUAUUAGUGCUUACUCAUGUUUUAUGAUUUGUGCUAGUUUAAUAUACUUACUAGCCUCAAAACAAUAUAAUAUCUACGUAUGACAUAUUAAAAAGUUCUAAGUGAUAAUGUUGGUCAUAUGAAAUAAUUUUUUUGGAAGUAAAUGAAAGUGUGAGAGAUAUCUACUAGGUUUUCUUAUUCAUGUUAUUGUAUUUAUAGGAAACGAAAUAAUGUUAAGUAAAUUUCGAAUUUAUAUUUCAUGUUUUCCAUUUUAUUUUUUGAGAUUUUAUUAUAGAAUUUAUUAAGAUAAAUAUUUUAAAACGGACCCGAUUGAGUGGUUUACAAAUAUUUGUGUCAUUCCGAUAACUUAAAAAAUCUUCUAUUGUGCCAAUAAUUAAAUAACAUUUAUUCCAGUAUUGAUUUAUAAUUUGAUAAGAUACUUUAUUCCUUUAAAAUAUUUAUUGGCAAAAUAAACCAUAAGAGAUUAAAUUCGGCAAAAUGUUUGUAUUAUUUUUAAUUUCUAAUAUAUUUUAGGUAGGCCGUAUAAAAUAUUGUACUUUUAUCUAGAUGUGCAAUAAUAAUUCCCUAUUUUAGUGUUUUAUCUUGAGAAUGAUUUAAUUUUAUUUGUAUCAGAAUUUUUCCAUUGAUUUCAAUAAACGUUACAUGUUA